GGGUAAUGAUGGGUAUGCGGUGUUCGCAUGAUCUACGGUGUCAGUUUCCGUUUUAGCUCUGGCUCGGACCUCGCGCCGGCGCGCGGACCGUCCCAUGGCAUGCGCCGGCGAGCCAUCGAGUAGUCGAGUGACGGAGCUAUGUGGGCUGGGCAAUGUGACCUUCGCUCAGCCACUGGAGCUGGAAGAGACUGAGCCGAUGCCCAUUUUCCCAGAGAGCAAUGGCCAGUCAGAAAACCUACCGGUCGGACCCGAGGGGAGAGAAGUGCCAGCGGAUCGGGAUCCUCUCGAGGAUGACUUGCCUUCUCGCAAGUCCUUCGACUCCUGGACCAACUAUGACCGAAAGGAGAAGCUGGCCCAGCCCAAUCGCUGGUUCAAUGAGGAGUUUGCCUGCUAUCGGAAUGCGUUCCUGACAGAUGUUCAGAAGAACCCUGAUGGCUUCCAGGAGCUGGUCUGCCAGAAGCGGCAGCGCUGGGCGCAGGGCUUCCCGUCUUGGCUUCCUCGCUGGGCGCAGCGCGUGGCCAACGGCGUCUCCCCCUGUUCUGAGCGAUCUGAGAAGUUUAGUUUCAGCUCGAGGUUUAGUUUUGGCUCUUGGGGAAGUCAGCUCCUUGCGCCUUCAGCAGCUCGAACAGGGGUCUGAGGAGUGCGUUUUGGUUGUUGUGUCGAUGAGCGGCAGCCUUCACAUGCGUCGUGCAUUGAUGGUGCUACCCUGCACCCCGUUGCCGCGGAGAGGUCAGAGGUGGCUCGCUUUUGCGAGGGACUGCCCAGUGAGAUACGGCCGGGGGACUUUGGACGUGCCAAGGGUCGCCCUACAAACCAGGUACACUUCCUGGAACAAUCAUGGUGGUUACGUGGAUGGCAUGGCCCGUUAGAUAAACAUGAUGUUUUUUCACACCAAACAGGUGGUGCCAUCCAUUUUCAUGUUAGCGACCCGGAGCGUAAGUCAGAAACGGGUUCGCUGUUUGCUUGUGCAGCGAUUUCUUUCUUUCACGCCGGAGGCCGCCGCCCCGCUCCCAUCCUCAUCCAACGGGUUCGAAGCCGCUUUGAUC